AUGGAGGUAAUUUAUCAUAUCUCACAAGUGUCGACAUUAGAGAUCAUCAAUUGCCACGAUGAUCAAGAGAAUCAAAUAAGGAGAUUUUUGUGGAACAAGUUUAAGCAACUCGACAAUCGAAGCCAAGUUGAUCUACAUCUUGUCUACUUGCUAGGUCGUCGUAUUGUGGACAAUAUUUUGUUGUGUCAGGAGCUUGUGGAUGGUUAUCAUCUGAAUAAAGGAGUUCCUGGAUGUGUGCUAAAGGUAGAUCUUCAAAAGGCUUAUGAUUCUGUCCAUUGGAAUUUUCUUUCUGGUACUUUGUUCGCUAUUGGGACUCCGCCCAGGUUUGUGAAUUGGAUUUGGGCCUACAUUACUUCCCCCAUGUUCUUGGUCUCUUUGAAUGGUGCACUUGAGGGUUAUUUUCCUGGCUGUCAUGGGUUGCGUCAAGGGGAUCCCUUGUCUCCGUAUCUUUUUGUUAUGGUUAUGGAGCUGUUGUCUCGGAUGCUGAAUAGGCCGUUGUCGGUCUUUCGGUUUCAUCAGAAGUGUGAAAAGGUUGGUUUGGCUCAUUUGUGUUUUGCGGAUGACCUGAUGAUUUUCUCACACGGUGACCUUGGUUCUUUAUCCUUUAUAAAGGAUGUUUUGGUCUCUUUUGGAGUGACCUUAGUUGGCGGGCCUUGUUGCGAGUACUCGGAAGACUCGUCUUUCGGGGCUGGUCUUCCUAAUGUUGAGGUGGAGCAGUUGGUGGCCUUUUUAGGCUUUUCGGUGGGUUUGAUUCCUGUGCAUUGUCUUGGGGUUCCGCUCCUUUCGCACAGGCUUUCUCAUCGUGAUUGUCAGCCUUUGCUUGCACGGAUUGUCUCUCGUGUUUGGAGUUCGUCAGCUCAGGUGCUUUCUUUUGUUGGCCGGUUGCAGCUUAUUAGAUCGGUUCUGUAG